CAGCAACUCAUCACUUCAUAAUAUACUCUCUAUCAAUAUAAUAUUCUCAUCUUAAUUUGCAAAAAAUGGGAAUUUGCGCUUCUUCACACAUCUUGGGGUGGCAAAGUGGAAGGUUUCUGCUAAAGAACACUCCGGCGGCGGCGGCGGCCAUGGUGGUCCACGAGAACGGGGAGCUGCUGGAGUGUCGCCGUCCGGUAAAGGCCGCCGACGUUUUGUCGGAGAACCCGAAUUACUUCCUCUCAAACUCGGAGUCCAUGAGCGUUGACUCAGAAAUACCUCAACUUUCGAAAGACGAAGACCUGCAGAUCGGUCAACUCUACUUUCUCCUCCCCAUUUCUAAGUCGCAUUCUCCUCUGAAUCUUCAAGAUAUGUGUAGGCUCGCCGUCAAAGCUAGCACUGCUCUCAAUGGGUAUUUUACUCCGGUUGCCGGAGCUGUUGCCAGCCGCCGCCGCCACCGCGGUUCUUGCAAUGACAGAGUUUCUAGGCGGCGGCAUAUGGUCACCUUAAUUAACUGACUGGAUGGCUGGAUCCACUCUGUUGUAACAAAAUUUUAAUGUUCCGAAGUUCCGAUCAACCAAAUAUUUGUAAUUUUUCUAAUUUGUUAUAAUGUUUUUUCUUCUUUUUGGGAAGUUUUUCUAUUUAUAACAAAUGAGUUGUUUUACCAAAAGUGUACAAUAUGUAUAUAGCUGAGUACACUGAAGUUUCCUAUGAGUUAUGUUCGUGGUCACAUGACCCACAUCUUGUUUUUCUGAGUUUUAAUUCCUCUUGGGUCUUUUUCGUUUACAAAUUUUAAGCAAACAAUUGUACGGAGGAUGAAUUAUACGGUAAGAUCAAG